AUGAUUCCAGAAGGUGUUGAAAAACUUGAACUUUCAGAUAAAAAUAUAAAUAUUCCAUUAUCAAUCCCAAGUACAGUCAAAGAAUUAACACUAUCACAUGGAUUUAAUCAUCCAUUAGUUAAAGAAAUUAUUCCAUGUGGAGUUGAAAAAAUGAGUAUAUAUAGUAUUGGGGAAUGUGCAUUACUUGAAGAAUCAGUGCCAGAUAGUGUCAAAUAUGCCUUUUUAGGAUUUAAUAGCGAUAUAGUCGUUUCUUCCCGUCAUUAA